AUGGAAGACGAACGGACCGUUUUAUCCUUACCAUAUUCGAAUUUGACACAGAUACCCGCUGUAAAAGAAGAUAUACAAUGUGUUAUUCUCUACCACAAUAAAAUUACAUCGAUAAAUAUGACAUACUUACCCAAUGUACACUCCCUAGACCUCUCAGACAACCAGAUAACUACGAUUCAAAACUUGGAAAACUUGCCUAAUCUGCGUGUUUUGGAUCUAGGUUACAAUCUUCUGACACAAAUCGAAAAUCUUGAGCUUUUGCCGUUGACAGACCUGUUUUUGAUGUGCAAUGACAUUGAAAAAAUUGACAGUUUGCGUAUUUUAUCUUUAAAAAAUCUGGAUAUGGCAUGCAACAGCAUUGCAAAGAUCGAAAACUUGGCAUGCGUAAAUCUUGAGGAGCUAUAUCUUGGAAAUAACCGAAUAAGAACCGUAGAAAAUAUCGGCCACCUGUCACAACUGCACACUUUAUCGUUGCAGUGCAACCAGAUACAAACGGUAGAUUGCAGGAGACUACCUAAGAGCCUGAGAUAUCUCCUGCUUGAUGGGAAUCAGGAGUUGGAGGAAGUUGUAAAUUUAGAAUAUCUUGAUAAAUUGGAGUAUUUGGAUGUUAGCAAAACGAGAAUAAAAGAGCACGACCUACGUGAAAGAGGUGGAUUGGAGAUUGUGCUCGUGUAGUGUUCUAAAUAAAUAUUUAUGGUAA